AUUCCUACACUCUGGUUCUACACUACCUGAGUACUUCCUCCACCCAGGGACUCCUCCAGGCGGUAUACAUAAACCUUUAGGCUGAACACAUGCAUAUCUUACCUUAUGACUAUUUGAACCAUCGUGCUGUUAGAGAGCGGACACCGUGCUGCAACACGAACAGGAUGAAACAGACCGACACGUUACCGAGGCAUUAAAAGUGCCCAACACAGCAGUAACUAUACGAGAACAAAAACCAACAAUAGCAUUCAGAACGCUGUGUUUAUACCGUUUAUACAGAAACGUUUACAGUAUGUGCAUCAUAGUCUGCUAGUAUUUCCCGCCACCGGUUUCCUGCUGUCAGUGUGAUGACGUCGUUCCGGUUUGUGCAGUGUGUUUGUCAAAUUCGUUUCCGGUUCAUAGGUCCACAACGUGGCUGCGGGUGUUUUCCAGCGUGGGGUUCACAGAUCAGAAAGUGUAGACACUGUGAGGAUAAACUGCAGUAAAAUGGCUGCGUUCAAGGUGCACCGUGUUCGCUUCUUCGACUACAUGCCCACUGCUAUCCGAGCCAUGGCGUUUAACCCCCGCACGGAGCGGCUGGCUGUGGCCCGGGCUGAUGGAGCUCUGGAGAUCUUCAACUUCGCGGACAACUACUUCCAAGAGAAGGUCAUCCCAGGGCAGGACGGCCGGGCUGCGGAGGCUCUGUGUUGGCUGGGCCAGCGCCUGUUCAGUGCCGGGCUGAAUGGAGAGAUCACAGAGUAUGACCUGGAGAACCUGAGACCCAGGUACACAGUGGAGGCCUAUGGAGGACCAAUCUGGAGCAUCAGCAGCAACAGCCAGGGAACACUGCUCGCGGUUGGUUGUGAAGACGGGACAGUGAAAAUAUUUGAAAUACUGGAAGAGAGGAUUCAGUUUCAAAGAAACCUCGACAGGCAAAAGG